AUAUGUAAAAGAAUAUAAAGAAAAAGAAAAGUAGAAGGGGAUUAGAAUAGUAGGAGCAAUGUCAACAUAGCUGGCUGGUGGGGAUAACAACCCCACAGCUUUGAAUCUCUCACUCAUCAACUUUCCUUCUUUGUUUAUUCAAUUUGUACUGUAGUAUAUCUGUUUUUUUUUUUCUUUAUGACAUAUAGGUGUAUAAUAUCUGUAUAAAUCUCCUAUCCUUGCCUACUACUACUGUAUAUAUGUACAUAUAUAUAUAUAUAUUUAUAUCUCUUUGUUGCUGUUGUUGUUGUUGUUGUAUAGUAGUAGGAGGCAGAUGUGAAUCUGUUACAGCCAAAGAUGCCCUGUACAGUACUCAGAAAAUAAACUCAUCCUCUUCCCAACUUGCAGUACCAGACAACAACAAUUAUACUGCUUUACAGCCCACACAAUGAAUAAAUAAAUAAAUAUUAUAUCCCUCUCGUUCUCACUUUUUGUUCAUCAUCAUCUAUCUUCUUCUUCUUCUUCUUCUUCUUCAUAUACAGAACGCAAUUUUCGAGCUUAUUAGUUUCAGAGUCCCAAUCUUUCUUUUUUAAAGCAAUUUUAUUUCUUUUGAAGUUUAAACAUCAAAAGAAUAAAAGGGUGGGAGUUAUUUAUUCAUUCAGCUGUACAUAUUUGGUGGGUUUUUUUUAAAAGAGUAAUGGGUUUUGUUUUUUCCAGUGUAUUUUAGAGGGGUGGUUUGGUAGAAGGGGAAGUUGUUGUUGUUGUUGUUAUAGUAAUAAACCCUGAAAGUGUAGUCGGCGCGAGGUCUCUUUCUGUCGGCAUUGUCUGUAUCCAACGAUGAUUCUCCAAUUUAUUAAUUAAAAAAGUACAAACAGAGCGAUUGAUUUGAUUGAUUUUUAUUCAUUCUCUUGUUUAGCUUUCUUUAGCUGUUUCUUGCAGUCCUCAGAGCUGCAUCUGUCUGUGGUUCUACUCUUUGACAUUUGCAACUUUGUUCUUGAUCGCACCUGUAUUUAUAUUGCUUUUUCUUGAGUUCACUCUAGUUUCUGAAAAUUUUUCCUUUAAUUUGAAUUUUGAGAGAGGGAUAAAAGGGAUAUCUUUUUUCUCUUCUUUCAACGUGGGAAUUAAUGUGUGUGAAUUUCUGAUUUUGAUGAUAGUGGUAAUUUGGAUACUUACCUGAUUUUGUUAUUGGCAAAUGAAUCUGAGGUGUUUGGAGACCUGUCUGCAUUAUUUUUCUGGGAAUACAGGUAUGAAAAUUUGAGAUUUUAUUUAUAAUCUGUUUGUUUCUUUAAUCUAAAGCAGUUUCCUUGCUUAUAGACUUUUAAACAUUUUUUUGAUGAAUUUGGACACUGGUAUUGAAAUUCACUUAUGAUAGUGUACGCUCUGCUAGCUUUUUCUGUAUCUGGACUUGGAUAUUGUAUUUGAUUAGUUGGAGUUGGAUGGUAUAUCUUUUCGGCGGAGGAGUUCGCUUAUUACUAUUAUUUGACUCUUAAAAUGAUCUUUUAGGGCAUUAGAGAUUAGAUAUUGAAAGAACUUUCAGUUCCUGCAUCAUUAUUGCCGUAGCUACUUGUUUCUAUUGUUCAUUGUUCCACAGAAAUCAAAUGGAUUUGAGUGUUGCUCACUUUAAGUGCAGAAGGUAUUUUCUUUUCUUUUGAUCUUUUCAUUGCUGAUUAUAGCUUUCACCUGGUGUUUGAUCCAGGUUCGAUGUAUAUCACUUCACAUACAAGUAAUACAUUACCUCAUAGUUGAAGUGCUUCCCGUACUAAAUGUCAAAGACUCUUGCAGCCAUAUUAGGAGGUGCUGCAGGAGUCGUGGCAUUGGUGGGCAUAGUUAUCUUUCUUAUAUGGUUCUGCCUAUCUCACAAGAAGAGUGUUUCAAGAACUUCUGAGACAGGGUCCUCAGAUCCAUCUAUCCAAGCACCAGGAAGACAUGUUGGGGUUGAAUUAUCAUUACGAGAAGCAAGACGUUUUGAGAUGGAUGAACUAUCUCAUGCUACAAAAAAUUUUGUUGAUAAAAAUUUGAUUGGGAUAGGAAAAUUUGGGGAAGUGUACAAGGGCUUGCUUAAUGACGGGAUGCUUGUGGCCAUCAAAAAGCGAUCAGGAGCAUCUAGUCAGGAGUUUGUUGAUGAGGUGCGUUACCUUUCGCCUAUUCAGCAUCGAAAUAUUGUGACUCUCUUAGGCUAUUGCCAGGAAAAUAAUCUACAGUUUCUUGUAUAUGAGUAUAUACCUAGUGGGAGCGUAUCCAGUCACUUGUACGGACCUAGUCAAUUUUCAGAUGGGAAGCUAGAAUUCAAGCACAGACUUUCAAUAGCCCUUGGUGCAGCUAAAGGUUUGGCUCAUCUUCACUCUCUGAGUCCCCGUUUGGUGCACAAGGAUUUUAAAACAGCCAAUGUUCUUGUGGAUGAAAAUUUUAUUGCCAAGGUUGCAGAUGCAGGACUUCCUAAUUUUCUGGGAAGAGUUGAUGUUGCCGGUCCAUCUUCACAAGUCACAGCAGAUGAGAUAUUUCAGGCACCAGAGGUGAGAGAAUUCAGACGAUUUUCUGACAAAGGUGAUGUAUUCAGUUUUGGUGUAUUCCUUCUGGAGUUGCUAAGUGGACGGGAAGCAACAGAAUCACCAUCUCCAGACUCCAGCCAAAACCUGGUUGAAUGGGUUCAAAAUACUCAGGACUACAGUGCUUUUUCUAGCGUUGUUGAUCAAAGGCUGGGAACGCGCUUCACAGCUGAAGGUAUGGAGGAGUUCAUACAACUGAUAAUCCAAUGCCUGGAACCGUCGAGCGAAAGGCGGCCUUCCAUGAGCUAUGUGGUGAUGGAACUCGACCGGAUACUCGAGAAAGAGAUGACCUUAACCACAGUCAUGGGUGAAGGAACACCUACUGUGACUCUUGGAAGCCAGCUAUUUAAAGCAUCAAAAUAAGAACAAAUUUGUUUGCCUCCAUUAUUGUUGAGUGUGAGCUUUAUUAUACUUGAUUUUGUUUUUUCUUGUUUCUUUAAUCCUUUUUGAAAUAUAAGAGAAGAAAUUCAGCUGUUUGCCAAGUGUAUAAAAGAACAGCUGUAUUAAUUUUUUCAUUUUUUUUUUCUUGUCAUAAAUGUAUGUGAAAUCUUAUUGUAAAACCAUUAUUUGUUGUUAAUAUCAAAGUAAAAGCUGAGAUUUUGUGUGUUA